UCCUCCGCCGCCUUUUCCCCGCCGCCGCCGCCCGCUCGGCGCAGCCCAACGGAGCUCGGGGCGCCGGCGCCCCGGCCAUGGCCGUGCCCGCCGCGCUGCUCAGCCCCCAUCACCUCCUCUCCUUCUGCUUCCCCGCCGCCGGCGGCCUGCUGGGCUAUGCCGACCUGGAGAAGGGCUACGAGGGCGGCGGCGACGCCGCCGGGGACUUUAAAGAAGCCACCAGGGACCUGCUGAGCUUCAUCGACUCUGCCUCCAGCAACAUCAAGCUGGCGCUGGACAAGCCGGUGAAGUCCAAGCGGAAGGUGAACCACCGCAAGUACCUGCAGAAGCAGAUCAAGCGCUGCACCGGCAUCAUCGCCGCCGCCCCGCCGCCGCCUCCCGCUCCUCCAGCGCCCUCCGCCUCCUCCCCGCCCGCUUCAUGCCCCGCUAAGCCCCCGCCGCGCCGGGAGGGCUCGCAGGGAGCCAGCAGCCUCCAGAGCAAGAGCCUGGCCGCGCUCUUCGGGUCGCUGCAGCACGGCCCCGGGCCGGCGGGCGGCGGGGAGGCGGCGGGAGGCGGCGGCGGGGCUGCGGGGGGCGGCGGCGGGGCUGCGGGGGGCGGCCCGCGGAAGGUGCCGCUGCGGGACCGCAACCUGCCCCCUUCCUUCUUCACGGAGCCGGCGCUGCCCGCCGCCGCCCGAGGGCCAGCACCGGGCGCUAAGGAGCCGGAGAAGGGCGGCGGGGAUGCGGUUGAGUUCUUCGAGCUGCUCGGCCCCGAGUACAGCGCGCUGCUGCCCGAGCACGCCGCCCCGCAGGACGCCUUCCCCGGCGGCGCGGCCGCCCGCCUGCCCGCCGAGCUGGGCCUGGAGCACGGCCUCUACGACGCGGCGCUGCCGCUGCCCAGCGCCCAUCACCCGCUGCUGGGCGGGCUGCUCUACCCCGAGCCCUGGAGCCCGCCCGGGCCGUGCAGCCCCGGCAAGAAGGCGCCGUCUGAAGCGCUGCGCCCGCUGUACCCCGGCGGUGGGGAGCCGGCCCCCGGCGGCGGCAGCGAGGAGCCCGGCGGGCACCUUCCGGCGGGGUUCGCUUCCUUCUUCCCCGAGUGCCCGCUGCCCCCGCCGCAGGUGCCCUAUGAGUACAGCGCCGGCUUCCACCGCGCCGCCUUCCCCGGGCUGUAGGGCCGCGAUGGGGGACGGGGUGGGACGCGGGUCCCGACCCGGAACGACGGCUCCCGCAGGAUUCAUGCUGCGAGCCGCCUCCCCCUGCGGCUUGGGGCCGCUGCGAGUAAAAUGUGAGGUGAUGGGUUCCUUUCACAGCGGCCGGUGACCGCCUUCCGUCGGGGUUUGUCCGGCUGCAGGCAGACGCGGCUCGGUGUCUGCGGCGUUGCAACGGGGGCAAGCGGUGAGUCCUUGUCCGUGAUUUCCGUCUCCCAGCUCGGCCACCUCUUGCGGUGGCUUUAGCGUUUUCCCAGGCUCCCCAGUGCGGGUGGAGGACACAAAGGCGAGGAAGAGAGAUGUUCCAGUGAAGCAAUGCUGCUACCAAAACUUAAAGAGUCCUGAGGUCGAACAGUGUCUUGCAGGAUCUUGCAAACAGCAACUGACAGCGGUGCUGAAGCGAUGGUGUACGCUGGGGACAGAACCGCACCGUGCUGCGGGGAAGUGAUUCCUACAGACCACUGGAUUCCUUCCAGGAACGUGUCAGAGCUCGGAAGGCGCCGCGGCUCGGUCUCACCGUGUACAGGAGAUUAUUUGAUAAUCAUUUAAGUUAUGUAAAAGAGUCUAUGAUAGGUCCUAUAAAAAUAAAGCUACACAAUAGAUCUG